GGGUCCUCCAAGGGGUGUUGAGUUCUCCAAUGGGUGUUAAGUCCUCCUCUGGGUGUUAUUGGGUCCUCCAAUGAGUGUUGAGUCCUCCAACAGGUGUUGUUGAGUCCUCCAAUGUCUGUUGAGUUCUCCAAUGGGUGUCGCUGAGUCCUCUGGUGUCCUUUGAGUCCUCCUACGGGUGUUGCUGAGUCCUCCGGUGUCCUUUGAGUCCUCCUACGGGUGUUGUUGAGUCCUCCGGUGUCCUUUGAGUCCUCCUACGGGUGUUGCUGAGUCCUCCAGUGUCCUUUGAGUCCUCCUAUGGGUGUUGCUGAGUCCUCCAGCACCAGUCGAGUCCUCCAACAACCAUCCCAGUCCUGCUGUCACCCCAGGUACCGCCGCCGUCGCCUUGGCAGGCCUUUUAGCAGCCCAGAAAUCAACGGGAAAGCCCUUAGCAGAACACAAAGUCUUGUUUCUCGGGGCCGGAGAGGCAGCGUUGGGCAUUGCAAACCUCAUCGUUAUGGCCAUGGUAGAGAACGGGGUUCCCAUCGACAAGGCGCGUCAGAGGAUUUGGAUGUACGACAAGCACGGCUUGGUCCUCCAGGGCAGAAAAGAGAAGGUGGAUUCCAACCAGGAACCGUUUGCACACCCAUCUCCAGGCUCCAUCCCACGGACCUUCGAGGAGGCUGUGACGUCACUGAGGCCCUCAGCUAUCAUUGGUGUAGCAGGCGCUGGAAGACUCUUCACUCCCUCAGUCCUCCACAAGAUGGCCGCCAUCAACGACCGUCCAAUCAUCUUCGCCCUCAGCAACCCCACAACCAAAGCUGAGUGUACAGCUGAAGAGGCCUACACCCUGACAGAGGUAAACCCCCGACAUUUUCGGGCUGUUUUUUGGGCUCCUUCAGUCCUCCAACAGCUCUGGAAGGACUUUGCAGGGUGUUGGAGGUCCUCCAGGAAGUCCUCCAGGUACACCAGGAGGACUUCAGGAGUGUUGGAGGUCCUCCAAGAGCUCUGGGAGGACCUUCAGGGUGCUAUCAGUCCUCCAGGAGGUCCUCCAGCUACCCCAAGAGGACUUUUGGGGUGUUGGAGGACCUUCAAGAAAACUUUUGGGGGUAUUUUAGGUUCUCCAAGAAACAUUUUGGGCCGAGAAACCCGGAUGUUCCCCUUCGGUUAUACGGAUACUGCGCAUGUGCACCGGGCAGAUAACAAAAUGGAGCAUGCGCAGUGCUCUCAAAACUGGGACAUCGUGGAACAGUACCCGGAUGUUGCGCAUGCGCUGUCAACCCCCAUACCACUGCGCACGCGCGAUGCCAGGACACAGACAAGGUUAGCUUCCCGGAUGUUGCGCAUGCGCUUUGAUUAA